AUUUCUUAUAUAGAGCGUUGCCACUGGCAACAGUGAAGAAUUUUACCGGUUGCAGAGUUACAAUUUAUUUUAGAGUUGUUGACACCACUUGAUGACAAUGUCUUUCUCUACAAAUACAAGGCUAAGUCCAUCGGAAGCUGAAAUGUUUGUAGAUUCUCUAAAGGUGUUUGAUGUUGCCAGUGUUGGCAGUCCUGAAUGGACACGGCAACAUGAGUAUAUUGAAAAACUCAACAUACAAGCAAUAUUAAAUGCUUCUGCAGAAGAAGAUGAAUUUGUCAAAUCCUUCCUGAUCUCUUAUGAAAAGUUCCCAGUUCUCAUCACAGAUAUUUUAGUGUCAGAUGUUUGGAAAGAAAAAGUUUUCUCCCAGCUGCUGGACAUGGAGUUUGAACCAGAGAGCACUUUUCCACUAUAUAUUGCACUCUACCAUGAAGCUACUGUUAUCAACCUUCUGGAAACAACUUUAUAUUUUCCUGAGUCUUGUGAAUCUGCUGAUGAAAGCCUUCUGGACCUUGUUGAUUACUGCUACCGAAAAUUAACUGACAUCAUUACUAGGUCAAAGGAGAAGUUUGAAGAGAUCAAGGAUUUUGUAAAUGAGCCAGGCACCAGCAAUAUACAGGAUUUAGAGAAACAAGCUGAAAAACUAAAUUUUGAUAUUUCUGUGAAAGCCAUGUCAAUAAUGCGUUAUGUGACUGAUAAUGUGGAUGGAAUCACAUUGAGCAUCCUCACCAGAAUACUCAACACUCAUGAUUUACCAAUUCUUCUUGUAGAAUUGUUGGAAAAUCCUCCAUGGACUCAAGAAAUCAAAGGUAAAACCUAUAAAUACUACGACUGUAAAUGGCAUGAAAUGAAAUCAACUGAGGACAAUCUCAAACUGACGAAAACUGAAGGACAGGUUUGGAUCGCUCUCUUCAAUGUCAUCAUGAAAAGUAGUUGUCAGAAGAAGUAUGAAAUGACAUCGUAUCGGAAAAGCAUCUUGAUGAAGCUGCGGUCACACCUCACUGAACUGCUGCUGGACCAAAUGCCUGCUUUAGUUGAGAUGAGGAGAUACUUGGAAUAUCUAGGACACAUGGAAACCCCAGCUGUGAAAAAUGAGCUGAUACUGGAACAGAUUCCUCAAAUAAGGGAAAACAUUCUGCAGAAGAAUAAAGGCAAAUGGAAGAAACUUGCAAGAAAACAAUCACAGACCUAUUUUAACCCUUCAGAAGAAUUUAUUAGGGGACAAGCUAAAAGGUGGGCAGAGACGUACAACCUCGACGUGUUGGAUGAGCUGAUACCUGAGCCACCUAAAUGUGCAGUGUGUGGGGAGAAAGCUAGCAAGAGGUGUUCCCGUUGUCGAAAUAUAUGGUAUUGCCGCAGGGAGUGUCAGGUGUCACACUGGCCAAAACAUAAAGCUGUCUGUGAUUUAAUUUAUGAGGAGAAAUCUGAUACCAAUACUAAUAAAAAUACAAAAAACCAGCAAUGAGAGCAUAUCGGUAGCUUAUAAUCCAACAAACACUGAAUAGAAUUAACUGUCACCAAUUCUACUAAACAUUAACAGUGUCUGUCAUCAUGGUUUAUUAAAUACAGUUCAUUAAUAUCCAAGUCUGCACUGAAUCAGCAGACAUAAGAGGGGGUACUGAAUAGUUCCUCACUGUAAGAGUAUCACAAAAGGCCUGGUUGGAGGCCCAACCUUCUGAGUUCUUUUACAGAGCUUAGCAAAAUUGAAGGACUGCUGCAAUAAGUGUGUGAAUCUGAGAGGGGAAUAUGUUCAAUCAAAUCAUAAUUAACUGAUCCUCCUGUAUUUUCUUUUACCCAAAGCCAGGAACUUUUCAGCACCCACUUAUAUGAUGAAAGGUGUUCCAGACAUGACCAACACGGCUUUUUAUUCUGAUAUAACAUAUCUUGGAGUAAAUAAUUUAUUUCCACUAAUAUAGAUGGUUUAGUGAACCAUACUUACUUAAGCCCUUUGCUCCCUAUGGAGUAUAGGCCAUUGAUGUCUUUCUUCCAAUGUUCUCAACCCUGGGCUGUCUUUUUUUUCCCUGGGGGAAGAUCUUCCUCUCCCAUGUUUUGUUGAUAUUGAUUUGUCAUUGAUGUUUCUGUGAAUUUGGCUUUUUUCUAGGUAGGGGUGUCAGCCCUAUGCAAGUCUAUUUCUACUUCUAUAAAGAGGUAGGCCACAUUAGCCAUCUGGCCUUUAUCCUUUGACCUGUGCAGCAUGGGAGGUCCUACCAGGAACUUGUACCCCAUUAUUAAUUAUUUUUGUCCCCAAUGUUUUAUGAGCCCUAAAAAUCUAGCCAAUAAAAUUAAAUGUAAACAACUCUCAAACUUCCAAGUGAUGGCAUCACCUCAGAUCUGUCCAGUCAAAUUUGUUCUGGAAUGUAUAGAUGCCAAAUCCAAAGAGACAGAGGAGACAGAAGAUAGGUGCAAUCAGGCGUUAUGUUAGGCAAGGUUCAACAUCAGUUAUUGUUCAACAACUAAACUUGUCAACAUAAAAUGUCAGCAACACAAACGAUUUAGCAUCUAUUAGCAUAAUAGCUAUACAAUUAUAGCUGACACUUUCAUUCAUUCAUGACCCUCUCUCUCUCUCUCUCUAUCUCUAAAUAUAUAUAUAUAUAUAUAUUUCCCUCUACACAGAGCUACAGAGCUUGUCAAACAAACCAUUGCACAAACAUAUCUGAUGUUACUCUGUAGUUUUUCAUUGGACCAUUACAUUCAACACAAACUUUUAGCAAUAAACAUGAUUACUCUU